AUGGCCGGAAGUGCAUCACUCACAUUUUGUGGUGGAGUGGAGCAUGAUGAGUUUAUCUCAAGAAGCAUCCCUUUGAAUAGAACCAGCAAAACAUUUUCCAAAAAGCAUAAAGUGAAAAGCAUUUUGAGUGAAGAUGGAGACGUAAUUGAUUGUGUUGAUAUCUACAAGCAACCUGCUUUUAACCAUCCUGCUCUCAAGAAUCAUAUUAUCCAAAUGGCGCCUACAAGUGUUUUGAAGAAAGAUGACACACUGAUGAAAAAAGCGUUAAAAGGUACAAAAAGGGAAGACAAUGCAAUCGUGAUAACAUCACAACUGUGGCAUAGAAAUGGAAGUUGCCCAAAAGGAACAAUUCCAAUCCGAAGAAUUCAAAAGCGUUUUCUAAACGUUGAUGGCUAUGGGAGAAAGAAACCUAACGUGUUGAAGAAUCAUGAGACGCAAUUGGGCAAUUCAAACUCAUUGGCAAACCAUUCGGUGGAAGAGGUAUUGACAGAAAUGAUCAGUUACUCAGGGGCCAAAUGUGACAUCAAAGUAUGGACUCCGUACGUUGAGAAAGAAGACGAGUACAGUACAUCUUGUGUCCUUGUACAAAAUGGCGGUUCUCAUGACUUUGAACUUGUUGAAACCGGUUGGGCGGUAAAUCCAAGCGUUUACAAUGACCAUGAAACUCGUUUAUAUGUUUAUUGGACGGCAGAUGGGUCAAAGACAACAGGAUGCUUUGAUCUCACAUGUCCCGGGUUCGUUCAAGUGAAUCAUGAGAUAGCUCUUGGUGCGGCCAUUUAUCCCGUUUCUAAGCUUCAUGGUCUUCCGUAUGUGAUCACGGUUUACAUUUUCCAGGAUCCAGAAACAGGCAAUUGGUGGGUGAACUAUGGUGAGUACAUAAACAUAGGGUAUUGGCCAGGUGAUCUAUUUGAUUUGUUAAGGUACCAAGGGAUUAUGGUCAAGUGGGGCGGUGAGGUUUAUAGCACGAGAGUCAAGACUCAUCCCGGCCACACGGCCACACAGAUGGGCAAUGGCCAAACACCACCAGCAUUUAUGGAUAAUUCAGGGACUAUCUCACGCAUGCGGAUCGAAUCAAACUCGCAACCUCUGAUGAUGCCUGAAUGGACUUAUGCCGUCACAGAUGAAGAUCGUUGCUAUGAUAUUAUGUAUCUGGUUGAUUAUAUUUCUGAUCCUAUCUUCUAUUAUGGUGGCCCGGGCAGAAGCCUUUGGUGUCCAUAA